CAACUUUAAGCCCGUCAUCCCGUGGCCGUUACCUACUUUUCCUCUUCUUCCUUCCUCUGUUCUCAUCUUCUCUUUCUCUCCCUUCUUAUACUUGGUCAUCUCUUCCUCCCAUCCUAGUCCAUCCAUCAUCCGUCCUUCUCUUCUCAUCAUUUGCUUUCCCUUCCUUCCUUCUGGCACCUGCGCAGCCUCGUCGCGCUGAUCUCACCCUCUUAUUGCGACCUUGUCCCAUUCACGCGACCUGGGACUCUGUUAUCUUCUGAAUAGGUUCUUGUAUCUUCUCACUUCUAGCUCACUGGACGUAACAGAUCGGACAAUUUCUUUCCUAAUCUCACCUUCGACAUCUCAUCUAUAUCCUCCAUUGAACCAUCACGAUGUGCCCGAUGCUUCUUAACAGCUUCUCCGACGGGCCUGCCAUGGUCAUCUCCCCUACCCAACAACACGCCUUUGUUCAAUACCCUCGCCAUCUUGACUCGGCGCCUGGCACGAAUUCGAGCUCCUUUUUCGCGAAUGGCUUCACUUCUCAUACCUCCCCCUCGGCAGUGAACCCGUCAGUAAACAAGCUGGCCACGCCCGGUCCGGUUGCUGGAAAGCCCUCCCGCAAGAGAUCGCGCGAUGAAGCCGCUUUUGAGGAAGCUAUGAAUGCCCCGAUUGCCCCUGUGCAAGCCGCACCCGCUCCUCCCCCGAAGGAGGAAGAACCCAUCUACGGAGAAGGCAUGGUUCUUCUCAACCCGCGUACAGGGGUGGCCUUGUCCGCGGAAAGCCAGACUGGCACUUGGUACGAAGAGGUUUCCGAGACCGCCGCUACGGCGCCUACUGCUCAGGCGGCCGGCUCAUCCGGCCUGGCUGGCCGCAAGUCGCAGCGCCUUGACCCUGCCGCCCCUAAUUACGACGAUAUUGCACUUUCAUCGAUGCAGCGCCUGCAAGAUGCGUCUGGCGAUGAUAAUCGCCGCCACCUCAAUGCCUCCAGCGGCUCAAAUCCAUUUACCUCCGGCGAGCCAUUGGUCGACGACGCCACUCGCCUAUUGGGCAUCAGCUGGCAGCGCAUUGGCAUGGACGACAACGAUAUGGCUGCUGCGGUGCGGGGCUGGAAGAAAUACAUCGACCGACAGUUUUCUAGCCACCUUUCCGACUGCGAAAUCCUCAUGAAGAACCGAGCCCUCAACGCCUACCUCGUCACUGCACGCCCGGUGACACCCUUCGGGCUUGCGGCCUCUCCUGCUUUCUAUCUCUUCAACGAUGACCUUACCCAAGGUCAGCUCGUGAGCUCUAGCUGGGAGAACACGGUGCAGAACCUUCGAUCCACCCCUAUCGUCUUCGAAGGUGCCCAGGUCUUGAAUGCCUCGUCUCGCCCCAUGACCCAGGGCCAAGGCAACGUGCUGGGGUCCAAUCCUGCCGACGCAGGACUCCCUCUACUGCAAACCCUCAGUGCUCAGCCAGUCGGUGGUGGGUGCGCCGAAUUGAACAAUGGCGUGGGGCUGGGUACGGGGAUGGAGAUUGAUGCGUAAACGAGAGAAUCAAAAGUUUGCUUAUUCAACUAACGAAACCUGAAAACGACAAGGAACGCCAUGUCCCGGACCGUCCUACCACGACGCAUUUCAAAAACCGACACUAUUCUAUAUCGCGUUCACGUCUAACCGCAAUAUAUCGACAGAAACGAUCGCAGUUGUCGCCCCGUUUUCCGUCGUCGAUUCGCUCAAUUUCGGUAUUCGCUCGCCGUUCGUAAUUCAUCGAGAUUCUGAUGUUUGUGAUAAUUUUUUCUUUCUUUUUCUUCUACAUCGUUUUAUCUCGACUCUUCUUGGUGCUCUCUAUAUUACUAUUAUUAUUGUAACCGGGCUUUUCGUUUUUGGUAUAUUGGGGGUAUUUACGGGGCAAAUGGUGUUCAAUACCUGCAGGGUCUUGGGAUUUCCUUGCACUACUUCUUUCUUUGCUUAUAUGUUCUGUCUUUUAUUCGUCAUAUGUUGAUAUCGUCGAUCCGUCUUACGCGAAAGAUAAGAAAGAAAGAAAAGAACAGAAAAGAAACUAUGGAAACAGAAAGAAUAUAUUAAGAUUGGAUUUGAGUUUUGCCUUGCGAUUUGGUAGGAAUAAAGGUAUCAUGUAGUGUAAUUGGGAUGGGAUGCAAAUCUAGUUAUUUGAGCCACGAAUAAGUUUAUCUCGACAUCCUCUCUAUUCUAUUGCCCUACUAGUAGUUUGAGAGUAAGAGGCAAGAUGUCUU